UUAGUAAAGAAAUGUUUCCAAGGAGCGAGGGACUUGCUCGCUUGGCAUACCAGUUUGCUGAAAAGUACGAGAAAAUUGGAGGAAGAAGUGAUAGGAAGAGAGCAAAAGAGUUGUAUUCCGCUUCUCCCGAUUGUAUUAGACCGUACAAAAAGGUUUGGAUAUAUUUCUUGGAUUGUACUUUGGCUAGUGCAUUAAAACUAGUAUAGGUAAUUAUGUCCUGGCGAGUACAAUUAAGGAUUGGCGAUACAAAUGAAGAAAGAUGCAAAAUUUUAAACUGGAGCUCUUUAGAAAGAAGAAGAGAAUUUUUCUCACUGACCGUAUGUUAUUGGACUACUUUGAAUUUUGUAAGAGUAAGAAAACCAAAACUAAUCAUGCAGCCGUACAAACUGCUAGGAUCGACUUAAGUAAAGUACUAUUUCUUCGUUACAAUUGUGCUAAUGGAUCCAAUUUAAACAUGUCCAAAGCAACAUGAAGAUUUCUUAAGACGAAUUUUAUUUAGUAUAUGCAGUAAUUAUAAUAUACUAGUUUUAUAAUUUUUAUAGUGAGAAAUCUUAGAAUUAUUUUAAUUUGGGAUGCUGAAUAUAGGGAUAAUCUCAAGGUCCACCUUUUCAAAAUAUUAUAUACUGUAAAAAUUGCUAGUAUUAUUUGAAGAGUGUAUUAUUAUAUUAUGAUUGAUGUUUUGAAAAGUGUACCAAACUUCCCACGUGCAGCGGGGGCGUAAGCAAUUUCCGCAAGCCAAAAAUUUUCAAACAUCGCCAGCAUUGUUGAUCCUAAUUGUACGACGUCACAUGAAUACUUGUUUAUUUAUUAUUUGCAUGGCAAAAUCACGAAUUUUACUCAUCCAUGCCUUUCAGAACGGAUUGUACUGUUCUCUUACUUAAAAGCAUUAAUUCUAGAUACUCACUACGUUUAGUUGCAAAUAUUUGUUUUGGGCUAUUAUUUGAUGAAGCUCUUGAAAUUGUGAGUAGAAAAGGCUAUAAUUAUUAUAUUCCCCUACUGAAUUUGAAUAUUUUUUUCACAUUUGUCCCCAAACCCCACUCCUGAUUUUUUAAUUGUAUUGGGGUAUUCCGGAGUAUUGAAAUAAUUGUACUCCUCUAAAUCAUUCAGAAUUCAGUAAUUUUGUCACGUAAAUAAUAAUUUAAAGAUCUCAAUAUGAAGAUUUUUUUGUAACAAUCUGCUUUCACUCUGGCUACUGUACCGGGUGUAUAAAGAAACUGCAACCCUAUAAUUCGCAUAAAAGCCAGUGCUAAUGCCAAUUUCAAUGCCUGUGCAACCUAUUAUGCUCCUGGGAUAAUGGGAUUUGAAAGUACGUUUUAAUUGUCUAAGUUAUAUACAGGGUGUAACAAAACAAAUGUGCACCCUUUCAAAUUCAAAUUAACUAUAUAAUCUAUUGUAGUAAUUUGACAGCCUUAUAAUUUCUCAAAUUAAUGAAUGCGUGAAGAUACAAGGUCUUCUCCACAUGGGAAUUUAGGAUAACUUCUAUUUGUAUGAACAAACACACAACUCAAAGAAAAAUGUUUAAAUUUUUAAAUAAAAUAAUUAUAAUUAAUAAUAAUUUAUAAUUUUUAAAUAUUUGCUUAAAAGCAUUAUUCAAGUCUGCACAAGAUAUAAAAUGGGCCAGCUUACUGCAGAGCAACGAAUAUUUAAAAGGUUAUGGAAGGGUGAACAUUUAUGAAAGGGUGUACAUUUUUUUGAUACACCCUGUAUAGUACUUCCACAUGACCACCUUGGGAUCAAUUAGUGCUGAAUCAUGCAAAACAUAGUUUAUCAUAGUGAUUUUUUUCAUAAUGACUUGUUUUUAUUACUUUAUUUUAUUAUUUUCAGAGUUAUUCAAACUCGGACUUCACUAGGGAUGUGACCAUCUUGAAUUCUUUAUUCGUUGAAAGUUUGGACUUGCUGGUUUUUGCAUCAGAGGACAAUAAUAUUUGUAAGUGCAGUUUUUUCAAAUCACAGUUUAGCCUUUUGAAUGAUGUUUUUAAUGUUUUACUUCGAUUUAAAGAAUAAUGCUAUGGUUUUAUAAACUGAUGGAAAUGGUAUUAAAACUGUUUACAGUCCUUCAUAGCUAUUGGGCGUCCAUUCCGCCAUCUUGACUUUACUUUUCGUAUAGGCCAAAUGACUGAAGUUGUUGAUCGCGAUAUAUAGAGAGGCUCACUGCAUGAUUGUGCUAUUGCCUGUAGAAUAUGUGCAGCUUCGAGAAAGCCUACAAUUUAGCCUGGGAAUUUGCAUUGCACUGCCUUUAAAAUAUACAAAGACAACAUCGACGUUCUGAUGAACUCGGUGAGACAACUACAGGAAAAGACAGGGUCUACUUAGAAGUACAAGAAGUACAUGACAGGUGUGCCAAGUGUAGUGGUUCUUGGCAGUUUUGGGGAAGGUCAUGCGCCAGUUGCGAUAAGGUUGUGAAUGGUGUUAGCAAUGGUGGUUUGACAAGUGGAAGUCAAAUAUCUUGUCAAACGUACUGUAAAAGUGGCGUCACUCAUUUCAAAACAUGAAACGCGUCUCAUUUCCAAACUUCGCAUUGUCUAACCACUAAUUCGUAUUAAAGAACCUUUUCUUUUCUUUAACUCUAUCGAUCUGUCUCUGCCUAACAAAACCAGACAUUGACAGUAAAUUUAAUUCUUACCCAUACUUGUUUCGUAUAUUUGUUGUAAUUGCAUGCAUGUGUUUUUAUCCCCUAACUUCCAUUCCACAUCAAUAUAUUCUGUAAUGUGAUUUACAUUUUUUGUUUACACUUUAUUUUCUGAUUGGUUUAUUUUUGUCACGCGAUCGCUUUUAUAUUCAUUAGUAUAAAAGCACAUUUGCUUUUCCCGAUGUACGCUAAUAGCUUCCCGACGAAGUGCCUGCGCUCGAAACGUCGAAGUUCUGUUUUUAUUUUUCAGACAUAGUUCUCCUGCAUAUACCGCUGCUGUAUAUUGUAAAACGUUGUUAUUGUUGUUAUACAUAUGUUAUACAUAUAUGUUGUUAUACAUCGCCUUGCAUGCAUGUCAUUUCAUUUUCGUAUCUUGCCUUGCAUGAAUUGCCUAAUAAUCCGAACAGUUAUAGUCGAGUGGCCGAGGAAAAUGUUUUAAUAACGAGGCUCAGCGCCAAGUUAAUAAAUUAAACUUUAUAUAUCGAGGCUGACGUUUCGUUUUUGACAUGAAUCAAAACUUAUUCCUUUUAAGAAAAUACAAAAUAACAGUAACUCAGAAUAACAUUUUGAUUUUUAAAGGGAUACGGCAAUAUAUUUUUUUAUUAUUUCAUUUGGAAGAACUUUAAAAAUUAUAUGUUAAUCUCUUUUACCGAUUUUGGUAAAUUUAUUAUUUCUUGAGAUAUUUGAACAGAAAAAAUCACAAAUCAGCGAGCUUUCCGCCAUCUUGGAUUUUGGCGGAUAUGCAUGUGACAUCAUAAGCAGGGUCAACGCAAGAAUUUUAUCCAUAGAGCAAUUGGUUAUUAUGAGCCCAAAAUCAUAUACUUCAGUAACUAUUUGAAAUAAAAAACUGUCUGACGACUUUUCAAACAAGACUUAAUGUUAUUUGGUCAUUUAGAUGCAGUUUUAUAUGGCUCACCCUGCUUAUGACGUCACUAAAAUCACCGAUAAUGAGAUAAAAAAUAAUCCAAGAUGGCGGACAGCAAAUUAUUUUAAGUCAAAAUAUUUCAAGAAAUAAUAAAGUUACGCAAAAUCGGUAAAGGAGAUUAACAUAUAAUUUUAAAAGUUCUUUAAAGUGAAAUAAUAAAAAAAUAUAUUGCCGUAUCCCUUUAAUUGACAUUUCGACUAUAGUUUUUUAGUCAUCCUCAGGAUUAAUAAUAGUGUAAAAUUACAGAUGCAGCUAUUAUACAGCAAAAAACUUCUCAUAUGUCAUUGGCGUUAAGCUCCGCCUUUCUUGGCUUUAUAAUAGCUGUAUCUGUAAUUUUGCAAUAUUAUUAAUCUUGAGGAUGACUACAAACUAGUCGAAACGUCGAUUAAAAAUCAAAAUGUUAGUCGGAGUUCCUGUUAUUUUGUAUUUUCUUAAAAUACUGAGUGGUUCCCUUUUAUUGCUUGUGUUUUCCCUUCGACCCAUAGUUCGGUCACAGCUAACAUUACUUAUUCUUUCUGCAGAUGUUUGGGGUUUUGACAAGAAUGCUGUCGACGUAUUACAAAAAAUGAAACCUGUUGAUGAAUUUUUAAAUCAUAGAUAUGCCAUCUUACUGGAGAACGGUGGAUAUAUGCCGGAAGCAGAAACGGAUGUGAGUAUACUGAUGUCAUAUUAAUAUUUCUGCCGCCAUUUCAGAAUUUUUGUAAUGAAAAGAAGGUUUCUUCGUUGGAAAUAGUAUGGAAAUCCAACUUUCAUACUAAUUGCAAUUUCCAUACUUUGGACAUGAUAUGGAAAUAAUAUGGAUAUAGUAUGGAUUUAGUGAUUCGAUUGCAAAUUCCAGAUUAUAGAUUUUGCAAAAAAAUUUUCCAGUGUAAUUUGUGUAGGUAAUACUAAUAGUAUGCAUAGUUUCGAGUGCAAUUUGGAAAAAACAUGAACGAAUGAGUUUUUCAAAGACUAUCAAAAUUACACGAGUCCGAAGGACGAGCUCAAUUUGAAGUCUUUGAACUGUAACUCACGAGUGUAUGUUUUUUCAAAUUGCACGAGAAACCAUACUAUUACUUGUUAUUAUUAUAUGGCAAGCAUCACUUCCGGUGAAAUGGCCGACUAUGAUUGGCUGAGAAGCACUUUCAGCGGUCCAUUAUUUUCCCGUAAUGGACCGGCGGUUUUAAGUGGACAGGAAGGAAUACAUUGUUAUUUUGUUUUCUUCGACCAAAUGUGCACCACGCUACUAAUAUGCAUUUCAAAUCAUGCAUUUCUUGUUGUUUCGUGUAUAAAUGCCUAUAAAUGCCAUAUAAUAAACUUUUUAUAUAAUAUUUAGUAAUAUGCCAUAUACAUUAAUUUAAAGUGAUGAUUUGAAUAACAAUGAUUGUAAAUUAUCUAAUUUCUAUAAAUGAUCUGUAAUAUUCUCUAAUUAGCAGAAAAGCACUGACCAACGCCCCACAUCUCCUAACAUUUGAAAUUGUUCUUCUAUAAGGUAUCAAAAGGUGCUAUUGAUUCUGUGACUAACCGAGUUGCCGGUUUCAUAUGUAAAAGUGUUUUUAGCGAGCAUAGCAACUGCAUCACUGGUAUAGUAGCUGUGGAGAAGGAUCAUCGAAAAAGAUAUGAUACUACAUUUUUGGUAAGAUUCUAUUUGUGAUAAUCGUUAUUCCAUUGUUAUAUAAUAAAAUCCACCUUAUUUUAUCCACACUGAGUUGGUCAAUUGUUCAAAAUAAGGUGAACUGUUCAAAAUGGGCCGCUAUACAUAGUCUUGCAAUGUUGAUAAUUUAUUUAAGCACACUUUCGUAUAUUAAAUAAUAAAAAUAAAUAACUGAUCAUUUUAUUAACGAGUACAUGAUUUAUACUGUAUUCUGGGACAGUCUACAUAUGUUCCGAUAUGUGGGAGCCAAAGAUUGGAUUCACUCCCUAUGCAUAUUAUUAUUACAAUUCUAGCUCUUUAUCUCAGCUUAGGUGAUGUAAAACAACUGUUUCAGUUCUACCGAAUACCAAGUUGCGAUCUGCAACCUUGGGUGUUCAGUGCAUAUCUUAGUAUUGUAGCUGUUCCUAGAAGAUCAAGAUUCUGUAUGGUUCCAUAUUUAGAGUUUGAACAUAUUUUGCAUAGGCGAUGGUUGAAUUUUUUGAGACUGUUUUUAUAAGGUCGCUAUAGUUAGAGAUCACUACCACUUCAGUAUAAUCCCAUUCAGAUCCUUCUUAAUUCCCAUUUCAAUUCCAGCCCUGCAUAUAUUUAUAUCCACCUUCUCUCUGUUUUAAUUUCUGGUAAUUCAUCCACCUUCCCGCUUUUUCUAAUUCUCUUUCUCUAAUUCCUGGUAUUUAUCCACCGUCUCUCUCUAUUAUUAUUAUUAUUUUUAUUUAUUAUUAGUGGUAGUGGUAGUAUUAUUAGUAGUAUUAUUAUUAUUAGUAGUAUUAUUAUUAGUAUUAUUAUUAGUAGUAUUAUUAUUAGUAUUAUUAUUAUUAGUAUUAUUAUUAGUAGUAUUAUUAGUAGUAGUAGUAGUAGUAGUAGUAUUAUUAGUAGUAGUAGUAUUAUUAUUAGUAGUAGUAGUAGUAUUAGUAGUAGUAUUAUUAUUAUUAGUAUAGGUAAUCACACGGGAAGGAGUGCAAUUAAUUAUUAACACUACGAGUGAUAUUUGAAAAAUGUGCCAAAAUUGCACAAGCCGCCUAGGCAAAUUUUUUUCCGUAGACAGUCGGACUCCUCAUUGAUAGUCGUCCAGGCCUCUGCGCGUUAUUGAUGGAUCCCUUCGUACCCUGUGUAACCCACUGGUGCACCAUAUAUCCAUCAUUCCACGUUGUUCUUCGACCACGUCAGAAAGAUGAACGAUAUGUUUCGCGAUAUCAUUGUAAAUCUACAAACUUGUUUUUCUCGUUCCGAAAAUACUCAAGAACUGUUAUUGCGAGUUAAAAACAAAUAGAAGUAUUGCAGAAUACCCGUCCACCAGUAAUAUCAUAUCAUGUAGCCCGGCCACUAUUUCACUGGAUACGUAUAUACCAGAUAUUAUUGCCUCGUUCUAAUUUCCACAAACUAAUUACCAAGACAAUAUUACGAAUUGAUACUAUAAAGGAAAUAUCAUUCAAGACUUUUAAUGUUUAAUAUUAUGCUUAGUAUGCUUUAUAAUAUAAAAUUUUUUCUCCCAGCAACGCUAAUUAAUCAUAAUCUGUCAAACACCAAUGUCCGGUUGUGAGGAACAUAUUUACAUAUUACACAACAUUUAUGAUUUAAGCUCUGUAUAGCAUGAGAAUUUAAUCUAUUAAUGCCAACUAACUGUCGUCUUAAUCUCAAAAUAGCUACUUGACUGCGUAUCCACGUAUCCGCGUAUCCACUAAAAUAUAGAGCUACCUAUAGCAUGAGAAUUUGAUCUAAUGCUAAUCUAACUGUAUGCCUCAUUCUCAAAAUAACUAUUUGACUGCGUAUCUGCGUAUCCACUAGAAUACAGAGCUGCCUUUAACACUAUGACAAUUUAGAGAGCUGCCUUUAACACUAUGACAAAAUCACUGUAUGCUUCCUAGCUACCUUUACCACCAUGGGAUUUUAAUCUAUCAAUCUAUGUAUUAAUCUAUUGAGACUAAAUAUAGAUGUAUUGAUACAUCCUAUCCAUGGUGUUUGAAAGGCAUGGCUUAAAAAUAGUUACAAAAAACAGUUACAAAAGCAAAGAAAAGCAAGUGGGAAUGGCGAAUAUAAUGUCAUCGCCACACAAGAUAUGAAGAUCUUGACAUCUCAACCAAGCAAUACAAUAUUUUGAAAUCACCAAUUGCGUGCGCAAGACUGGGAAGGCGCAUCUAUAAUAAGAGUAUCCGCUGAAUGUUUUGUCUAAGGGCGCGGGUCAAUGAUGCGUCCGACUAUCAAUGAGGAGUCCGACUGUCCACGGAAAAAAAAUUUGCGCCGCCGAGGCGAGUGCAAUUUGGCACAUUUUUCAAAUAUCACGAGUAGUGUUAAUCAUUAAUUGCACGACUUGCCCGUGUGAUUAUUUAUUUAUUAUAUGCAUGACAAAAUCGCUUUCUUUAUAUAUCAACUGCAUUUUGUCAAGAGUUUUUAAUUCUUUUGUAAACAAUUUGGUAUAAACAAACUUGGGAAAUGAUUAUAAACUUAUAAAGACACAUAACUUAAACUAGAACACAAGAUUCAAACUCAAACAACAUAUUUUAGACUAAGAAAAUCUUUAUAAAUUGUAUUUCAAACUUACAUAGUCAUGUUUCGCUGCAUCCCGCCAAGAUUAUUUCUUUAGACUGUUUCCUGGUAUUUUCCACAGGCUCUUUUUGCCAUACAAUGUUUCUUAAACUCAUUCUUGUGCCAAAAUUCAGUUAAGUUCGUCCACAUUUGUUAGAAAUACUUAUCUAAAAUUUGCCGCCAUAUUGGAUUUUGUUGUUUUGAUUUCCCGCUCCCCCCAGCCAUCACGAAAAUCAUUAAUUGCACUCCUGGAGAGUGCAAUUAAUGAAAUAAUUGCACUCCUCUUAACCAAUCAGAUUGCAGUAAUUUUGUCAUGUAUAUAAUAAGUAGUAUUAUUAUUAUUAGUAGUAUUAUUAUUAUUAGUAUUAUUAUUAUUAGUAUUAUUAUUAGAAGUAUUAUUAUUAGUAGUAGUAAUGUAGUAGUAUUAUUAUUAGUAGUAUUAUUAUUAGUAUUAUUAUUAUUAUUAUUAUUAAUUCUGUGACCAACAAAUUAUUAUUAUUAAUUGUAUUCAAUGUUCGGGUACUUAUCUCUUAUAGAUUAGUGCUGGUUGGGAUAGAAAAAUUUUGAUUUGGGAUUUAGAAAAAUUGUGGUAAGUAUUUUUAACAAGCAACUUACUCUUACAUCAACAAGAGGUGAACUACACUUUUCACAACAAUUGUUAUUACAUCACUAAAAUAAUAAUUAAUAAUUAAUAAUUAUUAAUAAUUUUAUGUUUCGUCUCAACAUUCGUGCAUGGUUACAUUUACACGGUUAAGCAUGUUGAAGUUCAUUUUCUGAUAAAAACACUGACAAUUGUACAUCUUGUGGUUCCUGUGCGAGUAGGUCCGGUUAUUUAAUUAAUUGUAUUUCGUAUAAUAACACCAUAUCUUUGUAAAGAAAACGACGGCGACGCAUUUUUUAUAUUUAAUUCUUAUUCCAAUUUCACAUGUCUUAUGUUAAGAGUCAAAAUAAUAAUUACCACUAGAUUGUGAAGUACAUAUAUUACUUUUUAAUCCAUGUUUUCUCCAAAGAAAGACAUAUCAAGACAUAAGGAAAGGCAUACAAGGAAAGAAAUUUUAAGGCGUAAGGAAAUAUUAAGACACAUGAGGAAAGAAAUUUCCUUUGCGUGACAAAGGUCAAAGGAAAUUUCUACCAUGAGAACAAUUACUGUGGGUAUACAGCUAAUUCAAAAAAGGUUGUCCUUUGCAAACCUUAAACUCUCUAAUCCUUAAACUCUAAGCGUGCAAAGCUUAAGGAGAGCACAAGUUUCAAGCUUAGUAGUUGACUAUUGCAGCUAUUUGUGAAUGAAUUCUUCUCGUAAGGAGAUAUUUGCCAUGUCUCCGAGAAAUGGGUCCCGUAAUGAUUUAUAAACUCAUUAAAUGAUGCUCCCAUUAUGCUUUGCAAGCUUAGAGUUUAAAGUUUAGAGUUUAUAAGGUUUGCAAAGGACAACCUUUUUUUAAAUUAGCUGUAUACGUAUAAGUUAUAUAAUUAUGUUUUGUUAUACCAUGCAUGUCUGAAUGUGUUGUUAAUAUAUUUUGUCCGCAGUCUCCAUGAUGUGUUCCACAACACAGCAGACUUAAAUGGAAGUACUUCCUAUCCAGAACUUCCUGCAGAUGGGAUUAUUAUGGACCUCACGUAUAGCCCGGAAAGGUAUAAUGCUUUAAAUGAUGUAAUCUAUAUUUAGUUUUUAAUAGUUCAUUUUGCUUCUUACACUCAGACAGUUUGUCCUCUCUACCUACGGCGUAUAUGCAUCACAAUACCCUACUCAUAUAUGCAGCAUUUGUAUUUUGUAGAGAUGAGUUUGCGUAUGCUGCAUCUGAUAAACUGGUGUACAUUCGACAAUUUUCUGAUAAAUGUUCAAACAUGAAAUUGACCGGUAUCCUUCAAGGUCAUGAAGCUGACGUAACGCAGGUAUACUUGUUUGGUUAUUUCAUAUAAUCAUGGUAUUCUCUGUUUUUACUUCAACUUCAUAUAUAUUUGGAUAUAAUCAGGGGUUGCAACUGGGACUUAGGUGUGGUUAGUGGGUGGAGAUGGCGAGGGGCCAAAGGACCCACGUUAUUUAUAUUUCAUACCAAAUGCGACCAUUAUUAUUAUGGUGCAUCGCUUUAACCUUUAUCUGGCGAAGCUGCCCCCCCCCCCCGCCCCUUCUGCGGUACAUUUUGCUAAUUACUGUAUAUCGGUCGAAAGAGGAUUUUAUAGCAAUGAGUGGUAAAAGUCUGCCGUCUGCAUUACAUAUUUGUCUUGUCUGUCUAUUGUUAUAUAUACCCUAGCUGCAAACAACGAAAAACCCAGAAAUCGAUUUCAGAUAUUUUUAUAAAUUUUUAUUUACUUUCUGAGAAUCGUUUCGUUCUGAAUUUAUAGGUUAAAUGGAAUGGCGUCCUAUCUAAGUGGGUAACUGGAUCAGAUGAUGGAAGUAUACGAAUAUGGGUAAUAAUUAUUCAAAAUACAUGGUACUGAUUGAAUUGGACUAAUAUCGGACGGUUUUUUAAAUUUCAACGAUCACACCUCCUUAGCAUUUCUAAUGUUAAUUUAUACCUGUUAAAUUAUUGGAAUUUCAGAGUGACGACGGUAUCCAGUGUGAACAGUACAUUAGCACACAUGGAACAAUUACAGCACUUUGUAUUGACCAAACAAAUGGCUGCAUUGCUCUGGGUGUACAAGACAGAAUAAGGUAUAUAUUAAAGGCUAGAAUGCUAGUGUGCUUAUAUUUGGCUUUGCUUGCUUUUAAAAUAUUUUUAAUUUUUUAUGAUUGUGAAUCCGCGACUUUUAUAAAAUAGUUAAAAACUUGAACAAUCCUGACAAUAUUCAAACAAAAGCGUAGGAGUUGGAACUGAAAAAUCUUAUGCUUUAUAAAAAAGCCUUCAGUGCAUGGAUAUCUUUAUUCAAUAAUUAUAGUGAGAAUCAUAAAGAUAAAUUUGGGUAUUGCAUAUUGGAAUGGCUAUUAGCAUCAUUCUGCACCAAAUCAUCAUGAUUUAUUCGCCAUAUAGGGUUUAUGAUCCAGAUACUCGAAAAUUUGUUCAAACGAAUGUUGGUCACAGUGACUCCGUGAGAAGCAUAAUUCACGUACCUGAGAGGGGACAGGUUUGUGAUAGUUGAUAUUAUGUUACCUCAAAAAUGUCUGGUUUCGUGUACAGCCAACACAAAAAAGGUUAUCCUUCAAGAAUCUUAAACAUUGAGCGUGCAAGGUAUGAUGGGUAUUGCUUAUUUGGAGCUUAAUAUUGGACAUCAGCUUAGUGAACCAAAUAGCCCUACAUCGAAAGUGUUCAUUAUUUAUGCCCUAGAAUUGUUUCAAAGCAAAUUUUCCGAGUUUAAGACUCUAAAUAGGAAGUUACCCAUCAUACCAUGCGCACUCAAUGUUUAAGGUUUAAGAUUUUUGAAAGACAGCCUUUUCUGGUUUAUCUGUAUGCAUUAUUGUUGUGCCGCAUCCUUCAAUAAUAUGUAACAUUUUGUCCAUUUUUCUCGUACUACAGUAUAUUUCGUCGUCUUGGGAUACAACCGUUCGAAUUUGGAAUGCAUAUAAAAAAAGUAAGUCAUUAAAGCACAUGUUGAUAUGACAACAAAACUGCUGCUUAAAUUAACAAAAAAAGUUCUUCCUCCCUUCCCUUUGGAGUUGUUAUAGAAACAAGUUUUUUAUCAAACAUUUUAAACUGUUUUUCAAAGCUUAACUCUAAAUGAUUAAAAUUGAACAUAAUUUUUAGCAGUUUAUCAUAUAGGUAAACAUGGUAUGUGUGCUUUUUCUAAUUCUGUCCGAUUGUUUACCCCAUGCAUGCAUUUUGUAUUAUCCGACAAUGUUUUAUUUAGAGAUAGAACAGUAACUUUUGGUAUGGCAUGCCAUCUAUUUUGGAGGAAGAACCCAAAUUGAACAAUUAAUCUUAUUUUGAUAUCCGAGCGAGGAACCACUAACAUACUGAACAUUUUUAUUCCCCCCAGCCACGUGCUAAGGACAUAAUCAUCCGCGUGUUUACAGUAUAUAUUUAAAAACCUCAUUAAUAAUUCAUGAGGAAAAGAUAAAGGAUAUCUGCACUACCCUGUCGGUGGUUUUAUAUGUGAUAAAAAUCACUGUUGAUUUACAGAAACGUUGGCUUUGAUUAUCUCGGCUUAGACAACGUUGAUUUUUAAAAUCCCAAUCGCCAAUGAACUCAGUCUUUUAAGCCAUACUGAUACAGCGCUCCUACUCGUGUUUUAAAUAGUACAUAAUUAACAGUAUAAAUCUGUCGAUUGGUCGUCCAAAGCUUACACAUUCAUACACUAUAGCUGUUAGAAAUCUGUGCAAUCAAAUACAAAAUUCACAAAGCUACAAAAUUUUAUAUGCAUCUUACCUACAAAAAUUUGUUUUUAUUUGUCGAAGUACUAUUUAAAAAACGAGCAGGAGUGUUUUAUUAGGUUUAAAGCCACGAGCGCGCAGCGCGAGUGGCUUUAGACCUAAUAAAACACGACCUGCGAGUUUUUUAAAUAGCUUCAAAAACGUUUGCAUAAUAAUGCAAAUCUUUAUAUAAAAAUCUUUAUAUAAAAAUCUUUAUAUAAAAAUCUUUAUAUAGUUUGCAUAACAAUGGUCUUUUGUGAAAGUGUUCUUUAGCUGGUAUAAAGACGUAUGCACGUGACUAAUUUCUUACUUAAGAUUGGAUAAUUGGUUCAUGAAUUAUUAAUGAGUUUUUGAAGUAUGCAUACAAUAUCUAAACAAUAAUGACCAAUAAAGUGACUGAUCUAUACCCACUACAUCUGUAUACAUGCGAUUCACGCGCCAUUUCGUGUGCAAUUUUCUUUGUAUAGAAGUCAAAUGAUGGACGCUGUGCUGGUAUAAGAAAUUAAAUGAAUGUGGUAAUUAGCAGGUGACAUUAAUAUUAAUUGUAAAUACGUGCACAGAAAUUGUAAUAUAUUUUGUACAUAUUAAUAUUUAAAAAUACAAUUCUAAACGUUUUCUUACAAACGGCUAACCUUGUAUUUCGAGC